AAAUUAUGAAUUCACUGUUGAUAUAUGAUUGAAGUAUUCAUACAAUUAAUCUUUUCUAAAAGUCUCUCCUCUAUAACGUGUAGUAACUAGCUAUCCCAUUUGCCGGCAUUUCCAGCGUCCAUUUUGUGAACUAGUAACAGCGUUACCAGUGUACGUUACAUAUAUAAAUUUUGGUUACUUUUAAGUCAAAUAGCUAAUUUCACACCAUGACUGAAGAUAAGAAAGCGGGAGAAACAGAACACAUCAACCUUAAGGUAAUGGGCCAGGAUAAUGCGAUUGUCCAAUUUAAAAUCAAGAAACACACACCAUUACGGAAGCUAAUGAAUGCCUACUGUGAUCGUGCUGGCUUGGCAAUGGCGGCGGUGAGAUUCCGAUUUGACGGUCAAGCUAUCAAUGAGAGUGACACUCCCCUAACCCUGGAGAUGGAAGAGGGGGAUACUAUCGAAGUCUACCAACAACAGACCGGGGGCCACCAUUGGCCAACAGUGCCUGCACUCUAACACAAAAACCUGUGAAUUAUUGUAAUAUACAUUAAUAUAGACUUGAAACAUACUAUGGUCUCGUGAAUUCCUUUCAAGUUAUCAAGACCAUAAAUACAUGUUCUUUUUAAUAUUAAAUUUUGUUCGAUGACAACUUGUACACAUACUGCUGUUCUGUAUGCAUAUUAAAUUGGUUAAAUAUACAAAUAAAAAACAUUGUAACUAAUAAAUGUAAUACUUGAACGUUUCAGUUUGUAUUCAUUUAUUGCUCAGAAGUAUUAAAGAGGAUUUUUGGUAUGGUUUGUCUUUAAAUCAUUCCUAAGUUAGUUGCUUUAAUUGACCGCUGAUUGUUGUUUUGAUAUUGUGUCCCUUAAUGUAAUUUUCAAAUAUUUUCCACCUAAACAAAAGUUAUUGAAAUGUAAAUGUUUGAUGACUAGAUUAUGUAAUGUGCUUAAAUAAAAUUGUAUUGUAUUUUAAAAUCUCAUUUGUAUAAUUGUGGGAAGUCGUAUGAACUUAAAUGGUCAAGUUGAAAAUGUGUGGAUAGCCCUGUAAUAGCUAUUUACAGUUAUGUCAAUAUGUUUUAGUUUAAAUAAAUAAUUUUUUUGUAUCAA